UCUACGGAACAGCUUUAAUGUAACGAACCAAUACCUACUACACCUACGCACCUGUCUAUCUAAGUGUCAGUUUAUUUGCUAGUGAAACCGUACUAUCGUGAAGAUGCCACUCCAUUUGUCUCCACACGUUGGCAUCACUUUUGCCCUGGGAUUGCUGCGACACAAUGAGCCCUUGUUCUCACAGCAAUUCCGGUGCACUUCCGGUGUGCCACGAUGCCCCCCCCAUGUGAAGGAACGGACGAAAGGUUAUCUUCUCUUGAACAUUUCACACAAACCAUACUUUACACCCUAUUUCUACUCUAUCACCAUGUAAGACCAAUGUUAAGUACCUUUAACGAUGAUUAACCGAGAAGUAAGGAACACUGUCACUACCUAAAUCUACUACAGUCAGUGUAUGCGCGUGUGUAGCGACAACUAACAUAAUCAUUCUAACCGGAACAAUAAUCGAUAUUUCGCGUCGCGUGUCUGUAGCUCUCUUUCCUGAAUCUGUCUAUCGAUUAAGCGUGUACGUGUGUUUGCGGAAUGCAUAAGCGAAACUGUGUGAGCACGUGCGUAUGUUGAUUCGUUUAGACCAUUUCUAGAGGCAUCUAAGGUCUUAGUGAAUCUCUCGCAGUAUAAGAUGAGAAAGCAAAAGGUAUUAUCGUUGUCUAUGUAUCGUUCUAUCCACCCCCCGGUCAUCGGUCACUGUUAUGCGUUGUUGCAUCGUUCAUCGUUCAUUGUUUCGAGCAAAAGGCAAUGGUGUGCGGAGAUAGUUAGAUUAAACAUACGGAUUAAUUAAUACAGGAAUCGGGAAUUCAAUUAAUUUGCGAAUUACGAGUUGUUGCUGCACUCGGCUACAACUCGCCUUCGCGUACAAAUCUAGACUAGAAAGGGAACGAUCGCAUACUAAGCUGACUGGUUCAUGUGCUUUAAAUAUUCUUAAAAGUGAAUCCUUCGAUGAGGUGAGGGUUUUGAAAAGGUUUGCGGAGCCGGAACGAUGGAAGCAACUACCACUUAGAGAACCAAUUUUUUUUCUUUUGGAAACACUAUACAAACACAUAUCUUGCAGACCAGAAAACAAUUCCGAAAGGAUAUCAUAGUCGUUUAAAAACCUCGUUCCUGCUUCCGACCGAUUCAAAUCGUACACAUUCGAAGUGAAUCCGGGGAAAAGUGUUUCAGAGAAAUGUAAAGCUAGCAUAAAACCCGUACGUGAAUGGCUUUCCACCUGAAUGGCCACCUAAUAUGGAUAGCUGUAUCUGUUAGAUGAAUGAAGCAUGGCUAGUAACCAAAAAAUAUCGACUUUUGAAAUAGAUUAUUCUAGUGCGAUCAUUACGAAAUCGUUCGUUCUCGAACCGUGAGGGUUCGUAAUAGGAAGAGAUUAUUAAUAUGUCGCUAGAGCUAUCUCCAUUAGAAUGAUAUUCUCGAUACCCUGAUACCAUUAACCAGUCAUUGAAUAGCAUAUGGAGAAGAAUCACAAUGGUUUGAAGAUCACAAUGGAGUAGCACUGGCUCAAUAGGGCACCUUAAUCAUCCUCAUCAUCACGUUAAUCAUGAUCAUCGCCAUCAACGGAACAUAAAAGAUAUAGUUAAUUUCUAGAGCUGCUUCAGUUGCGUUAGUACAGUUUUUUGUUUUUUGCUUCGAGAAGAGAAAAAAGCAAAACAAACACCACAGUAGCAGUUAACAGUAAAGAUUAAAAACCGCUAAUCAAAAUAAGAACGAAGAAUCUCAAAAACCGCCAGAGAAACAUCUCUGGCUGACGCCCUACAGCAAAUCCGCGGUGGACAUGCCUAACUGUAGCUCUGCUCUGUCGCCUGGUAUUAAGUGGCAAACACGUGGUAAGCUGGCAAAAACGAAUAAUGAUAUAUGAUAAUAAACAACUCAAAUUCUAAAGUAGACUCUAAGAUGUAGCGAGUGCAACUAUAGCGACACUCAUUCUAGUUUAAGAUGAAUUUAGACACCAACCUAGAUGGAUUUACGAAACGGUAUUCUCUCGACGCUCGACAGUACCCCAAUACUUAGCUAGCAAAAGGAUAGAGAAAAAACACGAAACGGAACUAGUCAAUCCGCAUAAACUAGCUUACAGAGACGUACUUAACGGUAGAAAGGUACACACUACUACAAAGGUCGGGCAUGUUGGAGAAGAAGCUGAUCGUUUCUUGUAAUCUACCUAAUCUAUUCGCAUCAUUCGAAAUGUUCGAUCACUUACAUCUCUGUAUCUGUGUCCUAGGGAUCAUAUUCACACGAACGAUCCGGAACAUGUCGAACUGAGCCGACGGAUAUUACUUGAUAGAAAAUCAACAAACAAAAAAUAUACUUUUAAACCAAUCGUCAUUCUCGGACACAACGUGCGUAGUGGACACACUAGUGGCCCUUUGCACGUGUGUGCGCCGAAGAGCAGUAGUUUGAGGCCUAAUGCUGUUUUUUAUACAAAUCGGAUCUGAUGAAGUAUGCUGAAGCAAGCAACGCGAUCUCGACAUGUAUAAAAAGACAUUUUAAUCUAUCCAGAAACAUCCUUCUAAUAUUCACGAGGAACGAACGAUCUGACCUGUGUAGUUUAGAAAACGGUGGCACACGUGUUUGCCUGUUGGUGUGAUCGCGAAGCUCACAUACAAACUGUUAAUAAUUCAGAUGAGAUUAUCUUCUAAGGAUAGCCCGUGUAGAUAAGGUGAAGUGGAAGUGGUUUCCUGUCUGAUAAGAGGGAAUAUUUUUAUCUAUUCAUCGGUACCCCCUCGUACGUUAUGCAUAAAUUGCGCCCUAGGAACCUUGCUAAGCAAAUAUUGAUCAUGCAGUAUAACUGUUGUUGAUUGUAGCUAUCCAUACUAAGGUGCAGUAAGAGAAAAAAGGACACUUUACGCGAUACACACUGUGCAUUAAGUUGUUUCGUUUUUAAGGCUAGCGAUAAGACAAGGGAAGAGCCAUGGGAAAGGGAAAUCCCGGGAGCCCCAAGAAGGACAGAAUUGUAAUUAAUGGUGUAACUAUGCCUACAAACCAAACACAAACAUUCGGACCAAACGGGGCACUUGUAAGAAUUUAAACCAAACGAAACCAAACCAUAUAUACAGCUUACCCUACCGGCCACACCUAAGACACGAAGCCCUCCUUUCCCCCCACGCGAUCCUCUGGCAGACAUAGUGAUCACACUUUUAUGGGACAUAUAUUUUAGGCAUGAAUGUAUUUUCGGAACGGACUACCGUUGGUGUCCGUUCUGUAUAAAAAAGGAAGUCUAGCGAUCGAUAUCGUUUUCAUGGUGGCCAUGUGAGUGUUAUCAGACAAGAAAUCAUUGCUAUCGUCGUAUUGCUGUGUACAUAAUAG